AUGGAAUUGAAUGGAAAUUUGAAACAUACACCUGUACAAAUGAAUGCUGAACAGCGACAUGAAGCAAUGUCACGUAUGUUAACUGGUGGAAGUAGUAGUGAUGAUACAUUAAAAAGGACAAGAGCAAAAAUUGUCACAGAACGAUCACCUGCUGAUAUUAUUUCAAGUCAAAGAGAAAUGUUGAGAUCAGUUGGACGAUUGGUUGAUUCGGGAAGUCCUGGACGAGAGUCACCGGAUGAUGAAAUUCUUGAUGGCCUUGUAAAAGCAGCUACAAUUCAAACUGAACCACGUGAUCAUCGUCGUAAAGCUAGGCAAUUUAAUCGAAAAUCUUUGAGACGUACUCGAACAUUAAAACUUGUUGAUGAUCAAUCAAAUAGCACAAUUACCACUGUUUGA